CAGCCGGCUUUUGGCGGCCUCGGUGGCGGUGGCGGCGUGUCGCUGCCUCUGGCGCAGCAGGCGCUUUCUUGCAGAAGGAAGCAGAAAACGUACAACAGGAACAAAAUACUCAUGCCGUACAGAUUCUACACGAGCAAGAGUGAGUUUGUGGCGACAGCUGCUCCCGAAGCUCAAAGUGCCGCGAUAAACGAGAACACACCGGCAACAACAUCGAAGAAAAGUGGCUUGCAAUCUGUUCCACUACGCGGCGAAGAGGUAACGCUCCAGUCAGACUUUUUCCAGUCGCGAACAAGGAAAGAACGAGAAAAUGGUUACAGUAACAUGGGCAUGGAACGGUCCAGACUGGCUGGUCGAUAUCUCCAAGUACCCACUUUCGGCGCCGGUGCUCCUCCCUGUUUCCUCGCCCUCUUAUGGGUUUAACCUCGCCCCGUCUUCGUUCCGCGGUUAACCUUCUCGCGAGACUUUUGCGGAAACCGUUUUGAGAAUUUAAUCGUUCGCAUAUUUCACAGUCGGCCGCGUGGAAUCUAACACAUUGAUUGCAAAAGUACGAGUUGCCUCGUAGGUGGUGUAUCCUGAGUCACAAAAUGGUUUAGACGCAUUUCGGUUAUGAUAGGAGCCGAAGUGACAAUUGAAUGACAAUGGUUUAGACGCAUUUCGGUUAUGAUAGGAGCCGAAGUGAAAAUAUUACAGAGUAUGAAAAUAAAUAUAAGAUAACGAGUUAAUACACCCUGUACUGUCACUUUAGCUCCUAUUAUAAUCGACUCAUGUGCAAAUGCAUCAGCAGUGGCUCUCAAUUUUGACAUCUCGAAGCGCUGCAACUUCAGUGCUCGAAAUGUGUCUAAACCGUUUUGUGACUCAGUAUACAAAAAAUUCUCUGUAUGCGAGUUAAUUCGUGUAGAUUUUAUCAUGAAAAUAAAUUUUUAUUGUAAGUUUCACUGAAUAAUAAAUAUAAUUGAUAAGCAUAUUAAA